AUGUCUGAAAUUGAACACACUAAAGUGGCAAGCACCGCUGGUGGAAAGACCGCCUUUAAGGAUUACCUCGAACAGUUUGCACACAUUGAGGAUCCUUUGGAAAGAAGAAGAUUAGCUUUGGAAGAAAUCGAUAAUGCAGGCUUUGGCUGGACCCAAGCGAAGAUGAUCAUGAUUGCGGGUGUUGGUUUCAUGACUGACUCCUACGAUAUUUUUGCCAUUAACUUGGGUACCUCGAUGUUAGCCCACGUUUAUUGGGCUGGAUCAAUCCCAGACUCCACGAACACUUUGAUUAAGGUUUCCACAUCGGUUGGAACUGUUAUUGGUCAACUCGGCUUUGGCUUCUUGGCUGAUGUUGUCGGCCGUAAAAAAAUCUAUGGUUUAGAAUUGAUUGUCAUGAUCGCAGCCACGAUUUUUCAGUGCACUAUUGGUGAAUCCCCUGCCAUCAGCUUUGUGGCUCUUUUUGCUUCCCUUAGAAUUGUUAUGGGUAUCGGUAUUGGUGGUGACUACCCAUUGUCUUCUAUCAUCUCUUCGGAGUUCUCGACCACCAAAUGGAGAGGCGCUAUUAUGGCAGCUGUCUUCUCUAAUCAAGGUUUGGGUCAGUUGUUAGCCGGUAUCGUUGCUCUUGUGAUCGUUUCCGCAUACAGGUCUGACUUGGAGUUCGCCAAUAGUGCUGCUGAGUGUGUGGGCUCCUGUGUUAAAGCCAAUGACCAGAUGUGGAGAAUCUUGAUUGGUUUCGGUUGUGUUCCUGGAUGUAUCGCGUUGUACUACAGAUUGACUAUUGCUGAGUCUCCCCGCUACUCUUUGGAUGUCGAGGAGCAUGACAACUUGGAGAAAGUUGCCGACGCUGAGGCCGCCUUGGAUAUUGCUGCUCAAGAUGUUGCCCCUCCAAAGGCCUCUUUCAAGGACUUCAUUGGCCAUUUUGGGCAAUGGAGAUACGGUAAGAUCUUGAUUGGUACUGCUACUUCUUGGUUUUUCUUGGACGUUGCAUACUACGGCUUGGGUUUGAACACGGCUGUGAUCUUGAAGACAAUCGGUUACGCAUCUUCCAGCAAUGUGUACGAGUCCUUAUACAACACUGCUGUUGGUAACUUGAUUUUGAUUUGCGCUGGUUCCUUGCCCGGCUACUGGGUGACUGCUGCUACUGUGGAUACCGUUGGCAGAAAGCCUAUCCAAUUCUUUGGCUUUAUCAUCCUUACAGCAUUGUUCUGUAUUCUUGGUUUCGCAUACGACAAGAUUUCUGACCACGGAAAAUUGGCUCUUUACGUCCUUGCUCAGUUUUUCCAGAAUUUCGGCCCAAACACCACAACAUUCAUUAUUCCAGGUGAGAUUUUCCCAACAAGAUACAGAUCAACUGCCCAUGGCAUGUCUGCUGCUCUGGGCAAGAUUGGCGCCAUCGUUGCCCAGACGUGUAUUGGUACUUUGAUCAACCACGGUUGUGCCACCAACAACUCUUGUUUCUUGCCUCAUGUCAUGGAGAUUUUUGCCCUUUUCAUGUUGCUCGGUGUUUUCUCCACUUUGUUGAUCCCUGAGACUAAGAGAAUGACCUUGGAGGAAAUUUGCGAGAAGUAUCACGGUGAGAUUGAUUCCACAAAACUUGGUACUGACAGAUACGUGACCCAGCAGGCUGAAUUCUCCGACUCUGAGCUGAAACAUUGA